GUGUGAGCUUGGAGCCGAGACAGACCGAUGGAGUCAGACACACAUACACACAACAGUAACUCGCACUCAUCCCGACACCAAGGAAAUCGAAUAAUUCUAUCUCAAGUGUUUGAAGAAGUUCAUCUGGACUGGGAACGCCUUGGAGCAGGAAACAUCUGGAGUCAUCUCUCCACGGACUGCGCGUGAUCAUCUCCUGGUCUUCGAGGCUUCUGUUGUUUCUGAUGUCGUUUAGCCUGAAUGGCAAGACGCUAAACUCGUAAAAACCUUUUUUAGCUCAACACGACUUUUCUUGGAAACUACGUUACUCGCGGUUUCUCGUAAGAUCCAAGCAUUCAAAGAGUGGGACGCUAAAACAAUCAUCUUUUUUGAUCAACGUUCCUUUUCCUGGGAACUAGGUUACCUUCUGAACUGAUGCUGAAUCCUCCAUUACCACAUGAAGAGCAGAAAUCCGACACUCUGAGCUCAAAUUUCAUUUUUUGAGGAGAAACAUUAUUAUCUAAAGACUUGGAACUACAUCACCCAUCUGUUUGAAAAGCAACAUAACCUUUCCAGCUUAACGUUCUUUCUCCAGGGAACUCCAUUACCAUCAAAACAGCAGGAUACUGCCAUCGUGAUAACCUUUCAAAGCAACUCUAUUUCUAAGGAACUACAUUAACCACUUCUAUGAGGAGCUGCAUAUCGAUCCUCCAUUAGAGCAGGAUCUGUAAAUCCCAACAAUUAUUCUGGGAAAUCAUUCAUUUGAAAAGCAGGGAAUCCGGAAAAAAUGCUUUUCUAGGGACAAUCUUUGCUCUUAGGAACCACCUGUCCAAACAGCAGGACACAUAAACCCAAAGAACCAACUGAUCAUCCCUUUUUUCCAUAGUAAGAGCUGGACACAAUCUCAAAGUAGCCUUUAUAGCUUUAUAUUCCUCUUCUAUGGGUCUACAGUAUCCACCUGUCAGGACCAUGGACACUAUUGAGAAGCCCAGAUUACUGCAUUAAGGGAGCUAUCUAUCUGUAUGAAGAGCAGUACGAUUACACGCUACAUUUUCACCCUGACCAAAAAAAGUUAUAUUACUGCCCUCUGUUAGUGUAUAAGAGCAGGACAAAAUAGAACAUCCUCUUCAGCUCAACGGCCCUUUUCCAGGGAACUGCAUCACCAUCCAAAGAGCUCAACAUUUGCUUUUCAAGGAAACCACAUUACCAUCUCUAAUGACUGUAUAAGGAGGAAGACACUCAGCAUCAUUUUCAAAGGAACUUUAUUACUCACUCUUGUUCUUAAGGCCUAAAUGUCCACAAAGUAGAGCCUUGAAAUCCUUUUAAAGUCAGCCUUGCUUUUUAGGGGGGACUACAUCGCCUUCCUCCUAUUCUAUACAUGGAUCAAGACGAUCAAAUCUACUCAAAAAACGAUUAUUAUGCUUUGCUAUAAGAUUACAACCCAUGAUACUUAAGAGAACCUCAAAUAACCUUUUCAGCUCUUUUCGGGGAACUACAUUACCAUUCUUUACUAAAACCUAUAUAACCAUUUGAGCUCAGCACUCCUUUUCUGGAAAACUACAUUACCCACAAUGCACACCCCAGCAUCCAUGGUGACAGGCAUCGUCUUCGCCCCACUGGGAUUGGUGCUGGUGUUCACGGCAGCCAUCACACCUCAGUGGAGGGAGGGGCAAGCUCGGCUAGGUGGAGUCGGGAGAGCUGUGGGUGGAGCCAAAGGGGCGGAGCUCCUUCUCCUUCGCUCAGACGGCCUGUGGGAAAGCUGCCUGCAGGUGGCGCACUCUGAGCUCAGAGAGUGCUGGCCAGUGUCUGGACCAUACCAGCGUGAUGCCCGUGUCCGAGCGGCCCAGGGCCUGGUCCUGUCCUCCCUCUUCCUGUGUGGAGCUGGGAUCGUACUGGCCAGCAUCGGUCUGCGCUGCUGGACGGAGACUCCCCUCAGAAAUGUUGCAGGUGCUGGUGGCCUGCUGGUUGCACUGGGGGGCGUGCUGGGCCUGGCAGCUCUGGGAAUCUAUACUCAUCACCUGCAGGAGCUUGGAGUGGAGCUGGCCUCCACAAUGUCCGAAUUCCAGGGGCUAAACAUCCACAAGCUGCCUAGCCUGACUCUGCGACCGGCUGGGUCGCUCUAUUUCGGCUGGGUGGGGGCGUGGGUGCAGGUGCUUGGGGGGGUGGCACUGCUGUUUGGGUUCAGGCGCCCGCAGUGCCCAUCCUGCCCCAAACGGGCAGAUACGGAGAGGGCAGAGGCGUACGAGGUGAGCUACUAGAUGUAGCUUUGGAGAAAAACUGUGCUCCAAACAGGGCAGGACCUGCAAAGUUCUUGACUUUUGACCUCAAAGAAUUCUGGAAAACAUACCAGGAGAUAAUGUUGGGCUGGAUCUUGGAAGAAAAACAACACAUUUGAUCAGGUUUUUGUAUCAAAUCUAAACUGAACUAUCACAGAACACAGGUCUUCUGAUCACAACAGUAGCCACGUGUAGCCCAAUGUUAACAUACAGUCAUAUGUAAAAGUUUGGGCACCCCUGGUCAAGUUAUUAAUUAAUAAUACACAUCCUGCACCUUUUAAUACACACUUACUGUUUAUUUGCUGAAUCUGAAAUUUUGAACAUUAAAUGUGGCCUGUACAAAACUUACAUACAAAUACAUUUCAUGUAUUUUGUUUUACAGUAGAUGAAACUUAGCAAAUAAAAAGAAAUUGUGCAUUAAAAUUUGCAAUGAGGGUGCUCAAACUUUUGCAUACGACUGCAACAACAACUAGCUCACUAUGUAAUAUAUAAGAAGUACAGUUCCUUUAGGUCAGUCAACUCUUCCACAUGUUUGCACUGGUUUGUUUAUUUAUGUUUACAUUAUGUAUUCAGUGCUUGACUCAUACUUCUCUGCAUAUAGAUGAAGAAAAUGGUUGGCUUAGUGAUCAAACCCACUCAUAAAAGGUUGUAUUGUUCUGCCACGGAGGAAAUCUGAAUCAACCAUGGAUUUUAAUGCCUUUAAAUUGUCUCAAAACAAGUGUUUACCACUAACGAUAUGGCUUGACAUCACAUCGCCGCCUCUCUGCGAACUAUAAUCAGUUGUGGCUGUUGAAUUCUGGCAGGAAUGCUGGGUAUUGUCCCACUGGUGGCAGUUUGGAUAUUCUGGCCUUCUGAUUGUCCGGAAUGCAGCAAAGGGAACUUUUGGAUGCAUCAUUGGAGGAAAAAUGGACUCUUCCCACUGACAGUACUGUAACCACCUGCCUCCCUACAGAGGGCUAAAUGCUAAAGGCUAAUUAAUUCAGUUUCACUUAUGUAGCGCUUUCUACAACAUAUGUUGUCCCAAAGCAGCUCGUCCAAAAAUGUGAGCGCCCCCUAAUAAGGUAAGGCAGUAAAACAUCUCUAAGUGCAUGACGAAGAACCACUGAGAGGAACCAAGACUCAAAAGGAGAACCCGUCCGUCUCCGGGCCCCACCAGAAGCAAUGGAUGUUUAAUGAUGUGUUAAUGAAGACAGAGCAAAGUGUGCUGCAGACACAUAAUAGACAGGUGGCCUGAACAUCUGCUCAUUUGGAUGUAGUUAAAGUACCUGACAUUAUAUUAAUGCUAAGGAUCCUGAUGGGCCUAUAUUUAAAGCUUUUUACAGUAAGAUUAGCAGAAAUGUCAUCUGUUGCCUCUUGCACUGGGCUGUUUUUCAGCUUUCAUUGAUUCUGAUCAGCCUCUUUUCAAAUGGCAGUGAUCUCUUUGUUGGUUUGCAAUAAUGACAUCUUUUUAAUAUGUUAAGUUAUUAACACAUUAACCCUCUGGGCUCUGAGGUCAUUCUCUCGAUUUGUGCAUAUCUUCUUACAUUCUCCUUUAAAGGGUCUCCAUAUAACAUGUACUUGAGAUGCUCCGUUAUCUUCAUCACUACUUUCCAAAACUGCUGCAGCAACUUCAGCAGCUGUAAACUCUCUGCAUGCCACUUCACGUGUGUCUCCAAUGUGGGUUUUCGGUGUGAUGGUCAGUCAUUAAUGAUUUCCUGAGUGUCCAAAAAUAAGAUGCACGUAAAUAAUUUGACAAUAAAACAUUUUCUUUAAAGGAACAGCCAGGAAUGCCUGGAAAAACCUGAAUUUCUUUUUCACAAAUAUUUCUGUAAUAUUAUCAUAAUAUUAUUUUUCUCUAUAUAAACUGCUCAGGCAGUAAUAUGAUCAGUUAUUGCAAACCUAUAAAGAAAGCAAGGUCACUUCUAUCUACAAAUCAAGGGGUCAAACAAUUAGGGCGGUGCAUAUGAGCAAAAAAAACACUGAUCCUAGAUUAAUUGCUGCAUUUUUAGUAAGGCUGAACAAUGUGGCCUGCUUUGUGUUUAUGUAGCUCCUAGUUUUUAUACCAUCGCUGCCCUCUUUGCCAGUGAAAGUAGCUGUAACAUGCUGGGAGGUAGCGCACAGAUGAAUGUCAAUUAAUUACAGUGUUUAUUUUCAAUUAUCUUCAUCCACAUAUGCAUUCUUUCCUAGCUACUGUUGUGAGUUUGGACAAGCUUUACAGAGCCCUGGUAAAAAUCCCCUUCGAACUAAUGAGAAACUGUAGAACAGACUCAGUUUAUAUCACAAUACCUACAUUUAGAGCCAGUUAUUCAUUUAACCUAAUGAGAAACCGUAGAACAGACUCAGUUUAUAUCACAAUACCUACAUUUAGAGACAGUUAUUCAUUCAACCUAAUGAGAAACUGUAGAACAGACUCAGUUUAUAUCACAAUACCUACAUUUAGAGUUUCUUAUUAGGUUUAAUGGGAUUUUUACCAGUGUCCUCUAAAGCUUGUCAAAACUCACAACAGUCACUAUGGAGGAACACACUGUGGGCGGAGCCUGGGGAAGGGAAUUUCAAUCUAAAUUGAGGGCUGCAAAAUCAAAGCUGCUUUUAUUUCUGAUGGUCUACUUCAUUAAUGUUUUACUGUUGUUAUUAUAGAGUCCAACUGUGAAGCUAAAGCUGCUUGUUUAGUGGUGAUGUGCUUUUGUACUGAGGCUAUUUUUCUUAUUCUGAGAGCCUUUUACUGAUGUUCAUUGUGAGGAGUGUUUGAUUUGUCAGACGCUAUCAACAUGCAAAGCUUACAGGGUAUUAAUUAACCCAUUUAAUCCCAAACUUUCUACAGCUAAGUAAGUGCAAGAAUUACUAUAAGCUUUAAUAUAGAAAUCAGUAUAACUGUUAUUCUUGGCCAUAGCUGUAUCUGGUGGGGAACUACAGAGCCAGAAAUUAGACCCAAUUGGACGAGAAAUAAAAUGAACUACAAUCAUUUUAAUUUAUUAACAGUAGGCCCUUUAAAGAUUAAUUCCACCAACUAUGGUGGUUAUAUCUGUAUUAUAACAUGUUUAGUACAUUUUGUAAAGUUUGAUGCAGAUAUUCUCAGGAACAUGCUUGAAGCUCAUGGCUCUGGUCAUGUGACUAAUUAAGGAAUAAAUGGGUUAAUAGCUCAAUUAAAUGAAGAAAUACAUCUAAAAGUGUUACUGAGUACACUGAAAUAAAGUCAUGUGCAUUUGCUUGGUUCAAAUGUGUAUCAGGUCUGCAUUAAUUAAAUAUA